AUGUCUCAUUACAUUGAAUACUAUAAUAAUCAGGCAGGCGGAGGAUAUAUCGAAAAAUAUAAUAGAUUUGGUAAAGUUUAUGUUGGUUCUUAUCAACACGGUCAUGGUAUAGGUGCUUUCCUGGGAGGACUCUUCCGCAGAGUUGUCCCUUUUCUCGGUAAAGCGGUACGAGCUGUAGGAAAAGAGGCUCUUCAUGCAGGUAUGAAUGUAUUGAGUGAUGUCACAACAGGUCAAAUUCCUUUCAAACAAUCAUUGGAACAUAGACUAACAGAAACAGGAAUUCGACUUAAAAGAAAGGCAUCAGAAAAAUUGGAUAAGAUAAUGCGUGGAUCGGGGUAUAAAAGACAGCAAAUACGUAAAAUAACUCAUAAAGCAAGUAACCGUGGGAGAGUGCGGAAGCGUAGUAGUAAGAAAAAGAUUACUAAGAAAAAAAAAGAGUGUGCAAAAUCAGAACUGGAUUUAUUCACACUACCUCCUACACAAACAAGUAUUGAACAAUCACAAUGGACAUAUUACAACCCUAUGGCAUCUUUGUCAGACGAUGCUCCAAUAGAAUUCGUUGUACCUGAACAUAGCGAAGAAUACAUUGACUUAUCGCAUACUAUGAUAAAAAUUAAAGCAAAAAUUGUAAAACCUGAGGGUUCAGUAGAUGAAAAAGAUUUUGUGGGUCCAGUAAAUAAUUUUCUGCAUUCAAUGUUUAAUCAAGUGGAUGUCUUUUUUAAUCAAAAAACGGUAUCACCACCUAAUAAUGCCUACGCUUAUAGAGCUUACUUAGAAACAAUUUUAAAUUAUGGAGUUGAUGCAAAAAGUACUCAUCUUAAGAUGGGGUUGUGGAAUAUGGAUACAAUGGGAGAAUUCGAUAAUCUAAAGAAAACAAAAAAUCGUGGUCUAGAGGAUCGUUCGACAUACACUUCAAAAGGAAAAGAGUUUGAAAUGAUGGGUCAUUUACAUUGUGAUAUUUUUAAUCAAGAUAAAUUUUUACUUAACGGAGUCGAAAUGAGAAUACGAUUAAUCCGGUCAAAAAACACAUUUUGUCUUAUGAAUGCAAGUGAAAAUAACUACGUGGUCAAGAUUUUGGAGGCUAUGCUCAUUACAAGGAGAGUGAAAAUUAACCCAAGCAUUUUAAUAGCUCAUGCAAGAACAUUGGGACAAACAACUGCAAAGUAUCCGCUAACUAGGGUUGAAGUAAAAUCAUUUGUAUUAUCUCAAGGAAUACUCGGAAAUACCAUCGAUAAUGUCGUACUUGGUCAACUACCUAAAAGAAUAAUUAUUGGUUUUGUGGAUAAUCGUGCCUACAACGGCUCCAAAAAACAUCCCUUCAAUUUUCAAACAUUUUCAUUAAACUAUCUUUGUUUAUACAUUGAUGGAAAACAAGUGUUGGGUAGGGCGUUACAACCCCAUUUUGGUAGGGACAAUUAUUCUGAAGUAGAAGCGUUUAACACAUUGUUUAGUGGAACUGGCAUUCACUUUGGAAACACAGGACCUUGGAUCUCGCGUAUGGAAUAUCAGUACGGAUACACUUUUUAUGCCUUUGAUUUAACACCGGAUCUGUCGGCAAAUCUGGCUUCUCAUUGGAAUUUAGUUAAGAACGGAAGUUUGAGGCUAGAAGUACGUUUUGCUAAAGCUCUUGACGUUAAUGUAAACUGUAUUACAUACUUAGAGUUUGAUAUAACAUUCUGGAAAUUGAUUCAUCGCGCCAGGUUAUAG